CGUUGCCGGGAUACGCGGCGCGCGCGGCCUCUAGUGGUUAGGCCUGAGGGCCCAGGAAAGGUGCGUGUGAGCGAGCGGGGACCCGGGAGUGAGCGAAUCCGAGAGCGGGGCUGACUGGGGAGCUCAGCUGUAGUGGCGAUCCUGAGCGGUGUGACCUCCCUCCUUCCGCGCCGGCGGAGUGGUUAAAGUGAACAAUGGCCAGUAAUCACAAACUUUCAGCAGCUCGUCCUGUUUCACGAGGUGGAAUUGGAUUGGCAGGAAGGCCUGCUUCUGGAAUACGGCCCCCAUCAGGAAAUAUUCGAGUGGCAACUGGAAUGCCACCUGGAACAGCAAGACCAGGCUCCCGUGGUGGUGCCAUAGGGACAGGAGGAGUGCUGUCUUCUCAAAUUAAAGUUGCGGAUCGUCCUGUAACACAACAAGGCUUGAGUGGAAUGAAAACUGGGAUUAAAGGUCCUCAGAGGCAAAUUUUAGACAAAUCUUAUUAUCUUGGGCUUCUUCGAAGUAAAAUAAGUGAACUUACAUCCGAAAUGAAUAAACUUCAGAAAGAAAUAGAAAUGUACAAUCAAGAGAAUUCAGUAUAUUUAUCAUAUGAAAAGAGAGCUGAGAUCUUAGCUAUUGAAAUCAAAGAGUUUCAAGGACAACUAGCAGACUACAACAUGUUGGUAGAUAAACUUAAUACCAAUACUGAAAUGGAAGAAGUAAUGAAUGAUUACAACAUGCUUAAAGCUCAAAAUGAUCGAGAAACUCAAAGUAUGGAUAUAAUAUUUACUGAAAGACAAGCGAAGGAAAAACAAAUUAGAAGUGUAGAAGAAGACAUUGAACAGGAAAAACAAGCAGCAGAUGACAUUAUCAAAAAUAUGCCUCCUGAAAAACAAGUGAAGUACAUAGAAAUGAAAACCACAAAUGAGAAAUUGUUGCAGGAGUUAGAUACACUGCAGCAGCAACUAGAUUUACUGAACAUAAAAAAAGAGAGUCUGGAAGCCGAAAUAGCACCCUCCCAGGUAAAGCAGGAGGCUGUAUUGCUGUAUGAAAAGCUUUAUGAGUUGGAGUCCCAUCGGGAUCAAAUGACUGCAGAAGAUAAAAGUAUGGGCUCUCCAAUGGAAGAGAGAGAGCGAUUGCUUAAACAGGUUAAAGAAGAUAAUCAGGAAAUAGCCAGCAUGGAACGACAGUUGACAGAUAUAAAAGAAAAAAUAAAUCAAUUUAAUGAAGAAAUUAGGCAACUUGACAUGGAUUUAGAAGAACACCAAGGUGAAAUGAAUCAGAAGUACAAGGAGCUAAAAAAAAGGGAGGAAAAUAUGGACAGUUUUAUUGAGACUUUUGAGGAAACUAAGAAUCAGGAGGUAGAGCGGAAGGCUCAGCUGGAAGCCAGCGUGGUUGCACUCCUGGAGCACAGUAGCCGGAAUAUAAAUCGUAUGAGACAAAUAUCUUCAAUCACCAAUCAAGAGCUGAAGAUAAUGCAGGAUGAUCUCAAUUUUAAAUCUACCGAAAUGCAGAAAUCACAAAGUACAGCUAGAAAUUUGACUUCAGAUAGUCAACGUCUACAGUUGGAUCUACAGAAAAUGGAGCUUCUGGAAAGUAAGAUGACUGAGGAACAACAUUCUCUAAAAAACAAAAUUAAGCAAAUGAUAACUGAUCUGGAGACAUUUAAUGAUUUGCCAGCUUUAAAAUCAUCAGGUGAAGAAAAGAAAAAGAAAUUACAUCAGGAGAAAACAGUAUUAUCGACUCGCAGAAAUGCCUUUAAGAAAAUAAUGGAGAAGCUAAACAUAGAAUAUGAGACACUAAAAACACAGUUGCAAGAAAAUGAGACACAUUCUCAGCUUACGAAUUUGGAGAGGAAGUGGCAACACCAUGAGCAAAAUAAUUUUGUGAUGAAAGAAUGACAUUUCUGCUUGGAAAAUCGGAUGCCGACUCAUUGUGGCGUACGAGUAGGUUCUGCUCUGGGACACGGCUGAACUUCCGCUGAGGGCAGCAUGGACCACAGCUUACCUCCAAAUGACAUGCAUUAGGGGCUCUAUUCCUAGUGGUUAUGCAACUUCACUUAAAAGCAAAAGACUCCCAUUCACCAUAUGCUAACGUCCAGCACUCUAGUUUUAUGCAGCAACAAGUAGGUAAUUUUGAAAUAGAGUGAAGUGUAGAGACUUGCCUGAAAUUCUUUGUGGUACUCGAGAACAUGGUUCCUUUGAGCAUCCAAUUGUUCUAAGACCAUAAUUAGACUGAGAUGCAUAACAUAUUAACUAUAUAAAAGCCUUAUAUUAUAAGUGAACUUUUUUGAAAUCGGUUUUGCUUGGCCUUUUAGGUUUCAGUUGAUGCUUAAUCUGUUAAAAUAAUCUAUUGUUUUUAAAAAAUAUUCUAAUUGUGCUUUUUUUGUGUGCCAUCUUCAGUUUCCAAUAAGGAAAAUACUAGCAUGAUUUGGUUCCUUUCUGAGCCACAAUUAGAUUAGUAUUUUUAUUGACAGUGUUCCCCUUAACUCA